CGGCGAUAUGCGGUCUUUAUGCAAGCAUGCUGUCUGUAAUCAAUUUUGGGCUCAAGACAAGAGCUCCUGUGUUGAGCUGAGCGAAGGAAACACCCUUUCACUAUCACACCCUGUUCGGUAGCGUUGCUACCGACCAUGGUAGCAGAGUUCCUGCUCCUGUGGGCAUCACGGCGAUAUCUUGCACUGCUCACGGUGGCAGAACACAUAUCCAGGCGUUUCAUAUUUGCAAAAACGACAAUCGUUUCGAGGUUUCUGCUCGUGACGGUGUCUGCGGUUCAGCUAAUGACAACGUUCAAGAGGUUCGAGCAGUUCGACGACACAGAUCCCGGGGUGCUUGCUUGCAGCGGGGCUCGAGGAGCCCAGGGUUCAGAACGGUUUUAACGAGAGGUCCAGGGCUAUGCCGCAUCACUGAAGAAACACAUGACAUUCUGGCGGGACCGAGGCCCUGGAGCCAUGUACGAGGCGAGGCAAAGUUGGCGGUGCAGGACUUCGGCCCUGCGGAGCUGUGGACGGAGAGUGGGUUGGCGACUCUGUUGGCGAAGCUGGCGAAGCUGGCGGAGAGUUUGCCAGUGGCGAUCCUGAAGCAGACGCCCAGGGCGUAAAAUGGACUGUUUGAGGAGAUUCGCUUCAAGACGGACAUGAGUCUGUAUCCGACGGAGUUGAGCAUGCCACAAGACGAGUUUCGGAGAGCCGACCCCGAAAGUGGGAUUCCGGACGCAACAAAAGGCUACAUUUGCGUGACAUGUAGCAGCUUGAGCCAGAGCGAGAAGUAUCGCGUCAUUGGUCUUGCGGGCUCGAGUUUGAAGCUGAGCGCAAUCCGCGCGCAUUUUAUGCGACCUGCACCAGAACAGGGAGCCACCGUCGCUACAGAGACCGAGAGGGAAGAUCGGGCGGAGGUAAUCUACGACGGUAACAGGUAUGCGAUGGUCACAGAGGCCGGCGGUCAGGAUGAGCACCAGGAGGCUGAUGAUGAAGACGAGACCUGGGCGGCAGUUGCGAAGGAGGCCGAAGCCAGCGAGGACAUGGCAGACGGAGAGUGCAACGACAGACUCCUGUGAGUUCGAAGCGGAGAUCGCCAAUGACACCGAAGGACAGGCGGCGCUCGAGGAUAUGGGCGAGACUGGCACUGAGGCGGGUGUUGCGCUGGCCACCUGCCAGGUGAGCUAGGAAAAGGUGGCCGACCUCGUCAGGGCGAGGGCGUAAGGGCAAAGGCAGAGGCACGGGGGGCCGAGGACAACGAGACUCGCCUUCGUCAGCGUUGUCAACUGGCGCGCCCGGGCUGGCCAGGUGCGACGGCUGCAAUCUGUUUGGACGCCGAGCUGGGGACCCCCCUUGUCCUGCGAUGGUUCGUUUCGGCUCGCCGCCGCACGGCGACCCGGUCGGCCGCGGCCGCCAACGGAAGGCCGACCCAAUUCGAGCGCCUGGGAGAGAUGAAGCAGGUG